CUUCUCCUCCUCCUCCUCCGUUUUGACCGGCAAAUGCCGCUUCCGGUUCCACUACUAUUACUCUCCGCCAAACAAGAGACCGGUGAGGUUUCGUGGCUUCCAUGCCCUCCGUUGCCACAAGAUGUACGUCCCUGGAUUUGGGGGGGCUUCGCCGGAAUCAAAGGCCGCAAGAAAUCUCCAGGAUUUCUUCACUUACGCCGCCGUUAAGAUUGUUCUGGCUCAGCUCGAGAGCUAUAAUCCUGAGGCAUAUCAGGAGUUGAUGGAGUUUAUCAACCACAACUCUUUGAAUGAUGGGGACAUGUUCUGUAGAAGGCUGAUGCGUGAGUCUCCAAGGCAUAAGAGUUUAGCUCUUCGUAUUUUAGAGGUUCGAUCGGCAUAUUCGAAAAAAGAUUUUGAGUGGGACAACUUAAAGAAGUUAGCUUUUAAGAUGGUUGAUGAGUCUAACACUAGGCUCAUGAGGGAAUAUGUGACAGAAACAAGUCACCUAGAAAAUGAGCAGUAAAUUUUUGAGAUGCAAGUUACUCCUUCCCAAAACAUCAGGAAUUAUAUAUAUCAACAUGGCAUGCUACAUGACAUAAGCCUUAUGAAUUGUGGCAUUUAAAAGUACUUGUACAUUAGUUAUACGUAGAUAUCAUAAGAAAAUGAUUCAAAAAGAUUCGAUUAUGUUAAAUGGCAAACUAAAGUUCUAUUAGAAUGUAAUGAAGCAUGGUAAUUUUUUAUUUUUU